AUUUUCCUUUAUAAUUCAUCAUGAGCAAUAAAUUUUGGCCAUAAAUUUUCAUACCAGUAACCAGGUCAACUCAACUCAACCAGAUCAAUUCAAUAAAACUUUUCAAACUUCCCAUCUCUUUAGCCACUUUCACAUAUCAAACACAAACCCAAUCAUAAUCCUCCAAAGAUUUUCAAUGGAAAAACCCCAACCCAGAUUCAUCAUCUCCUUCAUUUCUCUAUCCUUCUUUUUCACCUUACUAUCUUCAAUCCCAUCCACAACUGAAUCCAAAUGUACAAAAGGUUGUCCCCUUGCUUUAGCCUCUUUCUACGCAGCCAAAGGCUCCAACCUCACAUAUAUUUCAAGUAUUAUGAAAUCCUCAAUUCUUACAAGACCAGAAGACAUAGUCGAUUACAACCAUGACAUAAUACCUAGUAAAGACAGCUUUAUAGGUGAUCAAAGAAUCAACCUACCAUUUCCAUGUGAUUGCAUAAACAACGAUUUUCUCGGUCACACGUUUAGCUACGAUGUUCAAAAAGCUGACACAUAUGAAACUGUUGCUGUAACCAAUUACGCUAACCUAACUGAUGUUCAAUGGUUGCGGAAGUUUAAUAGUUACGGACCUAAUAAUAUUCCUGAUACUGGAACGUUGAAUGUUACUGUUAAUUGUUCUUGUGGUGAUAGUGAUGUUGCGAAUUAUGGAUUGUUUGUUACUUAUCCUCUUAGACCUGGUGAGACUUUGGGGUCGGUCGCGAAUUCGACUAAACUUGAUUCGUCGUUGCUGCAGAGGUAUAAUCCUGGUGUGAAUUUCAACCAAGGGAGUGGUCUUGUUUUUAUCCCGGGAAAAGAUCAGAAUGGUAGCUUUGUGUUUCUGGGUUCCAGUUCAGGAGGUCUUGCUGGUGGGGCUAUUGCUGGAAUAGCUGUUGGAAUAGUGGUGGUUCUGUUAUUGGCAGCUGGUAUCUAUUUUGGAUACUUCCGAAAGAAGAAGAAGGAGGAACUUUUAUCGCGAGACUCCACUGCACUCUUUUCUCAAGAUGGGAAGGAUGAAAAUUCUCGUCGUUCCGCGAACGGGCCUGGUGUUCCUGGUGUGAUGACUGGCAUAACAGUCGACAAAUCAGUUGAAUUCUCAUAUGAUGAACUAGCAGCUGCCUCAGAUAACUUUAGCAUGGCUAAUAAAAUUGGUCAAGGAGGUUUUGGCUCUGUCUAUUACGCAGAACUGAGGGGAGAGAAAGCUGCAAUCAAGAAGAUGGAUAUGCAAGCAACAAAGGAAUUUCUUGCUGAAUUGAAAGUCCUGACACGUGUUCAUCAUCUUAACUUGGUGCGGUUGAUUGGAUAUAGUAUUGAGGGCUCUCUUUUCCUUGUCUAUGAAUACAUUGAAAAUGGAAACUUGAGUCAGCAUUUGCGUGGUUCAGGUAGAGAUCCAUUGCCAUGGGCUACACGUGUGCAAAUUGCUUUGGAUUCUGCCAGAGGUCUUGAAUAUAUCCAUGAGCAUACAGUGCCUGUAUAUAUUCAUCGUGACAUAAAGCCAGCAAAUAUAUUGAUAGACAAAAACUUCCGGGGAAAGGUUGCUGAUUUUGGAUUGACCAAACUGACGGAAGUUGGAAGCUCAUCGCUUCCCACUGGUCGUCUUGUUGGUACAUUCGGAUACAUGCCACCAGAGUAUGCUCAAUAUGGAGACGUUUCUCCCAAAGUAGAUGUUUAUGCCUUUGGAGUUGUUCUCUAUGAACUUAUUUCGGCAAAGGAAGCAAUCGUCAAGUCGAGCGAAUCUAUUACUGCAGACUCAAAGGGACUUGUUGGUCUGUUUGAAGGAGUUCUUAGUCAGCCCGAUCCUACAGAAGAUCUUCGCAAACUAGUGGAUCCAAGGCUUGGAGAUAACUACCCUGCAGAUUCAGUUCGCAAGAUGGCUCAACUAGCCAAAGCGUGUACGCAGGAAAAUCCUCAACUGCGUCCGAGCAUGAGAUCCAUUGUAGUUGCUCUUAUGACACUUUCUUCAUCUACGGACGAUUGGGAUGUUGGCUCCUUUUACGAAAAUCAAAAUCUUGUGAAUCUCAUGUCAGGAAGAUAGGAUUAUACCAAUGUAUAUAUUUUGUAUUUUACAAUGUUUGGAGUCAGUUUCUGAUAUCACAACAAUUGUUAAAUCAAAAGAUGUUUAUAAAAUGUAUUUAGCAAGUAGGAAUUUGUACAUUUUACUAGUCUGUAUUCAUUAGAAAGAGGGGAGGAGGGAUUAACAAUUUUAUCAUCAUAUUCAUGCACACAUUAUAUUAGGCAUUGAGACAUGCACCUGUUUCUACUCAGGUACAUUAAUCCUUGCAUGUUUGUACAAUAAAUUUUAUUUGAGGCCUCUUGGGUUAAAUUUGUAAUGAAUUAUAGCUAAUUGCAUAAUUGAUUGAAGUUGUAUAGAAAUAUGAACCUUUACUUUUA